AUGUCGUCCUAUACUAGCCUUCGAGGCCAAUUCGAGGAGGGAUUUCGAUAUGGCGUGGCUACCCUUCCGUUUUAUGCCAUCUUGUGUAUCGCCGCCGGUGUGCUGAGCUUGGUGUUGUGCUGUGGUGUGCGACAACAACGCGACCCAGCAAGAUCGUACCUGAACUGGCUCAGGUGCACAUUUGGCCUCUUCGUUUUUUUUACCCGCACGGUCAGCCAGGCCCUGUAUGUCGCCAACAUGCGCAUGUAUCUCGACUCAGUAGGCUACGGAAGUUCUGCGAGGUCAAUAAUCAACAGAGCGUCAAACUAUAUCGGCUUUGUCAGCGUUUUGACUGGAACUUGGACCGAGGUGCUUCUCGUCGCCACGCUCGUCACCGUUGGUGUUUGCAUCUCAGACACGAGGCGCGGAGUGCUCAACAGCAGCGUUAAAGUGUUUCGAAUCGUCACAUUGGUAGUUGGGCUUGUUAUCUGGGUAUUGGCGAUUGCACGAUUUGCACUGGUGUGUCGGUCCCAGGCUCUGAGCAAUUUGACCGCCCUUAAGACCGUGAGGGACGUGAAUCGAAUCCAAUUUUCGAUUCUUGUUCUCCUCCUGGUACUGGCCGUACUUUUCUGGGGCUGGUCGGUUGCUAUCAAGGCUCAAGCAAAACAUGUGCAGAAACCGGACCCGCCUUCGACGUACUUCCUCGUCUGUACUACUCUCUUCGUUCUAGAAACGAUUUACGAUGUCGCCAUCUUUGCAAGAUACGUCGACUUGACCGGUGCGGGCGUCUCCAUCAGCUACGAUCGAUAUGUUGAUGUGCUUGAUUUGGUCUUCUCCUUUUUCCCGAUGUUUAUUAUACUGGUCCUGCUUUUCACAAUAAGCAAGAAACGUGUCGGUGGACUAUGGUCUUUGCAAGGAGUUGGCCACAACCCGAAUCAUCAGCCAACUAUGGCCCAGCAGGUUCCUUGGGGUCAGCCUCAAAUGUAUCCUCAAUAUCAGCCGCCACCACAAGCUCUGAAUCCAGGCUGGAAUCAGCAACAAUUCCAUCCAGGAAUGCCGCCUCAACAAGGGCCAUUCCUUACCUCCGUUCCGCCGCAAGAGAUGCACGGCGGCCAUGUUCCGACGUGGCAUGAGAUGCCGCAGCCUUCAUAUCGCGAGCACGCAGGAACCAAGCCAUCUGGAUACGCAUGA